CUUCCUUAGAAGGGAAAGAAACAAAACCAUCAAAAAAAAAAAAAAAAAAGAAACAAACAAACAAGGAAAUGGCCAAUUCCACCGACCGGCUGCUUCACGUCUACUUCUUCCCGUUCCUCGCCCACGGCCACCUAAUCCCGACCGUCGACAUGGCCAAGCUCUUCGCCGGCCGAGGCGUCAAGACCACCAUCGUCACCACCCCUCUCAACGCCCCCAACUUCUCCGCCACCACCACCACCGGCCCAGACAUCCAGACCCGGCUCAUCGACUUCCCGGCGGCCGAGUUCGGGCUGCCGGCGGAGUGCCAGAACCUCGAGUUCAUCUCCGCCCACAACAAAGGUUGGGAAGGCGUCUCCCAAUUCACACGCGCCGCCGUCGCGCUCCGGGAGCCCUUCGAGAAGCUCCUGGAGCAGGACCGGCCGGACUGCCUCGUCGCCGACAUGCUGUUCCCGUGGGCCACCGAAUCCGCCGCGAAAUUCGGCAUCCCCAGGCUGAUCUUCCACGGCACCAGCUUCUUCGCCCUGGCCGCCGGCGAUGCCGUGGCGACCCACGAGCCGCAGAACCGCGUCUCCUCGGACGACGAGUCGUUCGUGAUCCCCGGACUUCCCGACGAAGUCCGGUUCACCAGGCGGCAGCUGCCGUCACGACAGACCACCGGAAGCAGCGAGAAGGAGGAGGACUUCAUGUUUGAGUUUUUCAAGAGGGUGGGGGAGUCGAGCUCGGAAUGUUUCGGAACGGUGGUCAACAGCUUCUACGAGCUCGAGCCCGCCUACGCCGACCAUUACCGGAGGGUUCUAGGUAGGAGAUCGUGGCACGUGGGUCCGGUCUCCCUCUGCAACGCGGACGACAGAGCAGUCCGCGGAAAGGAAGCCACGAUCGGCCGCGACGAGUGCCUGAAGUGGCUCGAAUCCAAGGAACCGAACACCGUCGUCUACGUAAGCUUCGGGAGCAUCGUGAAGUUCAGCGCCGAGCAAAUGAGGGAGAUCGCGAUCGGGAUCGAGGCGUCCGAGUGCCAGUUCAUAUGGGUGGUCAGAGAGUGUCAUCAAGAAGAUGAUGGCAACAACUGGCUGCCAGAAGGAUUCGAAGACCGGACGUCAGGGAGAGGGAUGAUAAUCCGAGGGUGGGCGCCACAGGUCCUGAUCCUGGACCAUGCGGCCAUCGGCGCACUGGUGACCCACUACGGAUGGAACUCGACGCUCGAGGGGAUCACGGCGGGCUUGCCGAUGGUGACAUGGCCCGUGAUGGCGGACCAGUUUUACAACGAGAAGCUGGUGACGGAGGUGGUGAGGAUCGGGGUUUCGGUGGGCGGUCGGGAGUGGUCGGUUGACGGAGGAGGGACGGUGGGGCACGCGGCGGUAGAGAGCGCUUUGAGGCGCGUCAUGUCGAGGGAAGUUGAAGAGGUGAUGGGAAUGCAUCGGAGAGCUAAAGCUCUCGGGGAGAUGGCGAGGAAAGCUGUGGAAGAAGGUGGAUCGUCUUACUUUGAUCUGAGUGCUUUGAUCGAGGAGUUGAGAUCGCAAACGUGAUGAACAUUAAUGUGGAAUGUUACAUCCUACAUCUUUUUCAGUAGGAUGUAAUGUGAAUGAAUAAUUUUUCAAUUAGCUACACGUUCGAAUAACAUGAGCUUAACAAGCUUAACAAACGUGGUUCGUU